UUGUAAAAUCAGUUGAAUUCGGGAUUUCGAUCGAUCGUUACUCGUUAGUGCCAUUGUCUGUUGACCGGUUCCCUGUAGUGUUAUUAAUUAUUAUAUAUAUUUAGUAAGGUUAUUUUUUUCGACAGCAACGUCCUUUGUCGUCUCAAUUUAAUACCUUGGUAUUAGUACAGUGCUUGAAUCGAAACCGGUUUAGUUUGUUUUGAAUUUUGUACGAGGGUUAUAUCAUAACUGAACAAACUAAUACUUAAUAAUGUUUUUCAACUAUUUUUUAAUUCUUGUUUUACUUGGUUUGGCAUCAUGUCAGUCAACCGAAACCUCUAUUGGUGAUGCCAUUAAUGCCUUGCCACCGGAAUUGCAAGGUAAAGUUGAUCAAAAACAAAUUGAAGCCAUCCAAAACAAGUCUACAGAGCUGUUCAAAGAGAAAUGUGAAAAGAAUGGUGGACCACAAGCUUAUAAAAAUGCUGAGUCGGCAUUCAAAAGCUUCCAAGGUUGCAUUUCCGCUCUGGUUGACCCUAGCAAGCUACAGCAAGAGAUCGAAGAAGCCAAACCUCUGGGACAAGUAGAUGAAGUAUUCAAAAGGUACUGCGACAAAACACCAUCAUUCAGAGUCUGCUUCAGCAACAUGACAGAUGCGGUAAAGCCUUGCCUUGCCGAAGAAGAGCAGCAGAGUAUGAAGACUGUUCACAACAUUACCGAACAACUUGCUGAUUUUAUUUGUUUCAAGGAAGGCGAUCGUAUUGCACUGUUCAUAGCUGAAAAUGGACCCGAGUGCAUACAACAGAAGCAGGAAGAGUUGCAAGCCUGCUUUAACAGUACCAUCGGCUCAGUCAAUGUAGGAGAAGGGAACUUCACAGCUGACAGCAUACCUGCUAUUACUUUUGGGCAAAAGGAAUGCCAACAAUUAACCGAGCUCCAAAAGUGUGUCGUUAAGGCUCUUGGAGGCUGUCCAUCACCAACAUCGGCUAACAUCAUUGACUCCCUCUUCAAGUUUUCUCUCAAAGCUACGCCCUGCAAGGACUUCAUUGGCAGAGACGCGGCUAAAAAGAGACAUGGAGCAAAGGAAGAGAAGAAAGGAAACUCCGCUCAUCGCUUCGCAGUCAACAGUUUCGUAUUAAGUGCUUUAGUUCUUAAAGCUUUGUUUUAAUAUGUAAAUUUUGCUUAAAGCUUUAGUAUUAUACGCUCGAUGAAUCGGUAAUUAGAAAGAGAUGCCAACUAUCUCUGUCGCACUAUGUCGAAUUCUUUAUUCAAAUUUGCUUCUAAAUGAUAAUUUUAAAUGCGCUUUAGAAAAAUCAACGUAGCGUACACACUCGCUAAUACGUUGCGUGAUAACGAGUGUAUACGUUAAAAAAAUGUAUUUUUAAUAUUUUAAUAGAUAACAAAUAUUUCAACAGUAGAUUAAAAUUAAAUAUUUUAGCGCAUAUUUGUUGGUUUAUGCGCUAUGAUCUAAGGCAGUGACAUACCUAAACCGUCUAGGUCGGGUUUUAUUUUUCUCGCUCAAAGUACCCAUGUCAGUGAUUUUUAGUUUUAAGUAACGCACAAAUAGUGACUAUAGAAGAUUUAAGUUGUGUUUAAAACAUUGAAAAGUUUAAUAUCAGACAUAAUUACAAUUUAAAUAAUAAAAAUUUAUAGACAUUUGGCCCGUAUUCUAAAAUACACAAUAUCUUGAGAUUUAAUUCAUAGAAUGUUCUUGAAGGUAGUUUCGAUAGAUAGAUAGAUACUUGAACGCUGUUAAAAAUGCCAAAUUUAGAAUAUUUAAACAAAUACUUAGAAGUUCUCUAAUAAAAAAGUUUUUUUUUUCGAAUACCGCCUUAGUAAUCAAAAGGCCAUAUACAUUCCAUUGUUACCUUCUAGAAGUAGAUUAAGCUUACCAUAGACUUAGGCUUAAAAGGUCAAAAUCAAAGUCGAGAGUUCACUUAAACUUUCGUAUGUCGAAAUCCAUGUAUUUGGCAAAGUCAUACUUAGCGCUAACCCUCGACUCUGAGUCUUACCUUAAGUAGCAGUAUUUUUGUAAUUAAGUAAUUGAUGCAAACCGGCCAAUUACGUGCCAACUUGAUAAAUAUUUGUAUUGAUUUUUAUUUAAAUGGUGAUUUUUAAAUUAUAUAAUUGAUGGUUAGUUAAACCUACUUUCAAAGUAAAUAAGUUGAGCUCCAAUUUUCUUAUAACGGUAAUACUGUGUCGUUUGACAUACUGUUGACCAAUCACAAUCAAGCUAGACAGUUUCGUUUUUUAAAUUAAAUUCAAGAUGGCGGCUUAUGUUCUCUAACUAACCUAACACUGAGUAAUAUACGUUCGUUUCUGCAACUGCUACUAUCAUAUAAUCAGUGUAUUAAUAAUAAUUAUUAAAGGUGUAUGCAGUUUCACUGAAUGCUUCUUUUUUUAAACUAUUAUAUCCUUAGUAAUGAAUAGUUUCUAAAGAUCGACGGCCAUAUUUGAAAACAAAAGUCUGUUGUCAUGGUUACGAAGUUAGUUCAUACAAAAUGGUAACCAUGGCAACACUAGUAAAGGUCAAAGCACACAUCAACUCGGAAAGGGAUCGUCAUCGCCUCGCAGUCAACCAGGCUUCGCGUAACCACAGCGUAUCAGUAGCUGUACGGUUAAUGUCGCGGGAGGGGACAGAGGCAAGGGUGGAUGAAGAGAUGUGAGUUCGGGUAUGAAGAGCCUUAGGCCUUAGCCUUAAACAUGUUCUGAGGCGAGGCGACUACGUUACGAUUCCAAUUAGCAGUAGUGAGUUCCAUACAAACAAUAUUUAACUGCUCGAGGGUAUAUGUGACGACCCCUUUCCGAGUAGAUGUGUGCUAUACUUUAAUAAUAGAUAAAACAGCUCUAAUGCGGCUUAUGUUUCUUAUAACAAGCAGGUCUUGAGUUUUAUGACAGAAUUAUACAUUAUUAGUACGUGCCAAUAGAUUUUCGAUCGAUCCCUUUAGGCCACUAUCAUAGGUUUUUAUUACGUCUACAUUAUCGAUUCGAUUACUAUAAACUAUUAAAUUACGUCUGUAAAAUAUUUAAACUUAACUAAACUUGAAUUUAUUUAUAACAAUAAUUUAAGCGCCGCCUUCCUUUGGUAAAAUUUAAAUUUCGAACGUAAAACAAAAGACGAAUAUUAGAUUGUGAUUGGUCAAACGGUAUCGCUUUUCUGGCGUAACGAUAGUGUUCACCUAUUGAAACAAAAACGACUUAUAAAUUUAAUUUACACAUUAGUCUUACAUAUCUUAGAUCAUAUCUAAUUGCCAAAAAAUCCUUCCAUUCAUAGAGUAUCAAUAUUAUUGUUUAAUAAUAUCGUAGAAACUACGAUUCGUAAUAUUUCGCUAAUAGUUAAAAUGGCAGCUUAUGGUCACUAUUUUUCUGAAGCUUAUUAAAAUAUAUUUUUAUAUUAAAAUCGUGUUGCUCUAUUUUUAUAUGCAAGUAAUGUAUAGUUUGUAGAAGUUUAUUUUAAUUUUUGGCAGCUCCAUACGUGUUUUGUUUGUUCUGAAGGUUUUUGUGAAGUAAGGUGUAAUCAAAGGCAGGUUCUGUUUUUGUAAAUUUUUCCGUUUUUACGUUCCAGUUUUUCAAUAUUUUAUUUUUAUAUAACUCCUCUUAGGAAUUGGUGUAAAGCUUUUGUGAAAAUAUCGGUGUUGCUGAUUAAAGUUCAAAUUUUGA